AUGGCUGAUUCAUUUACUCUCCCUUUGCGACCAAACCUCGAGAAAUCCGACCGUCCAGAUACCCUUCCCGUCGAGAUCGCCCAGAUUAACGAGCAGUGGGGUGGUUUCCGUGAUGUCAACGAAGAAGUCUUACUAGCGAAGAUCGCUGAAGAAGAGGAACGAGGUGGACCUGUGGAAUCCGAUGAAGAUGGCGACAAGAAAGACAUGGACACCACCGAGCGCCGGGAGGAGCUAUACAAGCGGCGUGCGGAGAUCACCCAAUUUGCGAUGGCCUCCCAUAUGGAAACUAUGUUCGCACUCGACUUCGUAUCGUUGUUACUAUCCAAGCAUGCUCCCCGCCAGGCCGAAACCUCCAUGUCCGCAUUCCUUAAACAAGUCGCUCCCGUUGGUUCGCUCAAUUCCGAAGUCGUCCACCCUCCUCCCAAGCCAGAUUCCGUGAAUAAAGAUAUCUCGACGGUCUCGAGGGGCUGGAGGAUCCAGAACUUCAACUCCGCCGCCAAUAAACUACUUGGCGCGGCCUCCCGGCUUGAAAAGGAAGUCGAGGCAGAGACGAAAUACUGGAGCUCGGUCCUAGCGAUUAAGGAUAAGGGAUGGAAGGUCUGCAGACUCCCUCGGGAGAGACAAUCUCUGGGCGUGCAAUAUGGAUUUAUGGAAGCUACACCAGCUUUCCGCGACCGUGGACUUGCUUCUUUGCGACGUGCUAAAGAUGGCAGCUUGGUAUUGGACCAGGGGCUGGUUCCCUCAGGCUCACGCUUCGUUCGGGUUCGCGUGAAACGAGGGUCUAGAAUUACCGGCUGCACGAAGCCACCCGGAGCUAGCUCCAACGAUGCGGAUUCUAUUGAACAACGUAUCCUACAAGCGCGUGAUUCCGUCUUCGAGGACGAAUUGUUCCAUGAGCUCGUUCGCGAAGCCAGGGCUAUGGCUAGCUGUGGUGUGACGACGCGACAAAAUCUCAUUCAGAUCCCGGUCGCGGAUGACCUUGAAAUUUUACUUGAUCUGGUAGAUGUUAAUGAUGAGAGCCUCCACGCGGAACAAGACUCAUCUCAGGACGACGUUGUUCUUGCAGGCGGUGUUGCUCACUCCAUUCGCAUACUACUUUCCUUUGCUCAUCGUCAAAACCUACACCGACGAACGCAAGUCCCACUGCCCUUGACGCCGAAGAGACGCCCCAAUCCUGAAUAUCAUCUUUUGCGCCCUGCGCUCGCAUAUCUUCAGCAUACUUCAGAAGCUCGCUAUCUAGAAUCAUUCAUUCGCGAUAUUGUCAGUACUUUGCGAUCCUCGGGCUUCCAAGUUCCCGAAUUCACAGCCCAGAUGUUUUCCAACUGGAAACUACCUCAUCCACGCCCAUCGCCAAACGCGCUUGAAGGUCUCAUUUCAAGCUCUUUAAAACCAAUUGAGUCGGUCUUUCAGGGAAAGCUCCUCACGCCGAAUAGUUCCUUUACCGUGAGAAUGCGCACCAAUAUGUCAUUCCCUCCUUUUGGCACGCACUACGAUGUCUCUUUCAAUCUACCAUCUGUUCCAGACCUCAAGUCCCCAGGCAAUCUAAGUCUGAGAGAGGAGGUUGAAGCUGCCGUGGCCCACCUUCUGUUACUCGAUGUUGUCAUGAAUAUCUCAUCUGCGCAAGUGGAGGAGAAACCGACAGAACCGGAUACCCCAGCCAAACGAUGGUGGGAUCCUAUCUAUCCUCAUAUGGGCGAACUGCUUAUUGCCUACGACCAUCCCGAAAAGCACAAGAAGAUGCGAAUUGUCUUAUCCCGCGACCAGCUUUCCCUGGAAACUUACCUAGUGCGCUGUAUUGACGGGAUUGGGAUUGGCACAGCGGAAGGACGAUCACAACAUACAGAAACAAAGACCUGGAAUCUCCAACAAUCUCUCGGCAGCCCAAACCAACAAUCCUCCGCGAUGGACUUUGUGAUAGCCGAGGCAUCGACCUAG